AAGUAAAUGGCCAGAUGGGACAUAUGCCAUCCCUGCCUCAAUGUUCGGUUGUCCUGAGACUGAGGACAGGGGGUGGACAUUAUCUUACAUCAACCUGACCCUCCCAGACUCCGCCCAACGACAGUACUGGAACAUUGAAGACCCAAACCUGAUCAAAGGCAUCAUAGAGCCAAACAUACUGGGACCAUACUAUUAUCAUUCUCUCCAGAUGAAUUUUUGUAUUAAAGUUCAAGCAUAUCUUAAAGAUGAGAGCAAUAAAACAACAGUUGAAUGGCCUAAAGGUGAAUAUUGUAUAUACAGUUUCAACGAUGAAUGUCCACAAGGUUUUUUUAACGGCACCUUGACAAUAUCUGGUUAUCAGUUCACACAGCAGGAUAUAGAGGGCAUUUUUCCAGGAGAGACCGGAAGCAAUAUGAGUCUGAUGCUGAAGUUCUGCUGUAGAGAAGAUGGUGAUUACCGCACAUCAGUAAAACUCCCAUCAGAUUUCCCGUUUGUUUUGUUUCAGAGUAUGUCAGCUGAUGGCUGCCAGGAAGUGACCUCUAUGAUCGUUCAGGGGGAUUAUUUUUACAUGCCCAAUGAAAACGAGGAAUGGCAGUUUGAAGGGGCGUUGCCUAUGCUUAAUAGAACGGGGAUAAAUGGUUCUGUAGGCGUGGCUUAUUGUUAUUACAAACCAUAUGAGCACCGUGAGUGUUACUAUGAUACAGACCAUGGAAAUUCAUACAAUGGCAGAACAAGUGUUUCCGCUUCCGGAAAGACGUGUUUGAUUUGGACAGACUCAGACUUCGACUUCUUUCACAAUGAUAAAAGGGCUUACCAUGAGUUUGAUAAAAAUUACUGUCGUGCAUACGAGUACUAUUCCUACAAAUCCAGGAAACCGUUGUGUCUUGUUGCGUUUCCAAAUGUCAAAGAAGAAUGUGACAUCCCUAUGUGUGCUGAAGAAAAAGACUUACAAGAAUUUGGAAAAUUUAAACCUUUUCGAAGUGUUCUACACGCUGGAGAUAACUUUCCGGAUUAUGCUGUAGAUGGAUUUGUAGAUACCCUGAACUCGUUUGUUUCCAAUCGACCUUUGAUGAAACCUUGGUACCAAAUUGAUCUACAGGAAAAUAUAGAGGUUCAUGCCAUAAUUAUUUAUCGUUAUGCAACAUAUUUCCCGAAUAAUCUGCGGUAUCUUGGCACCUACGUCAGCAAGAAUCAGUGGGAUUUCAUGAACUAUGGCGCUGUUCGAUGUGACGACAUCCGAUUACCGGGAUACUCCAGGGUAUUUCGUUAUCAAUGCAGGCGUCCGGUGGUGGGUCAAUACAUAACCAUCCGGAACUUUGACUUCACACAACCAGACCAUAAUCCAGGCAACUUUUUCAAAAUGGAAAUUAACGAAAUUAAAAUUCUUGGAAAAUCUACAGCCUGUGGACGACCUCUGGGUAUGGCCUCUGGCAAUAUCUAUGACUAUCAGCUGGGGGCAACAUCUGAAGACACAGAAGGGGUUGAAGUGAUACCACUUUCAUUUCGAGGGCGAUUGUAUCACCCGGACCCAGGAUGGUGUACUUCAAAGAAGGAUAAACUUCCUUGGUUCAUGAUUGACUUGAUUAUACCAACUGUAAUCCAAGGAAUUAUAAUGCAGGGUUGGAUAUCGGGUAUAGAAACUAAAUACAUUCAAUCAUUCCAAGUGUCUUAUGGAGUAACGAGAAGGAAGAUGCUACAAUAUAGGGCCUCACCUGGUACUUUUAAAACCUUUGUUAUUGAUACAACAGUAGAAGUGACCACCCCACAGACGUUUUUGUUUCACACGGACAUCCUGGCAAGAUAUAUCAAAAUACACCCAAUAGUAGCAGGUGGUCACCAGGCUUGUUUCAAGACAGAAGUCAUAGGAUGCCAAAAACAAUUGCAAAGGGACAAAAAAUGUCAAAAUGGCAUUGUUGAUUUUGGAUUUGAAGAACUAAAACGAUUUUCUUACUGGCUUGAAAAAGAGGACAAUUCUCCGUUUGAUGUUAAAAAUAUAUCAAGCAUCAAAGGCUGUAGACAGUUCUGCGUAAGAAAUAACUGCACGGCCCUCUCUUUUCAGAAGUAUACUUCAUCUCCGAAGUGUUCUUUGAGUUUUGGGGACAGAUAUCAUCCAACAAGAAUGAUGUCCUGGGUUCAAACUGGCUCUACUAAACACUAUGCCGCACAUCGUCUUUGCUUUAAAGACGCAAAACAUAUCCUUCCAUGUAUCUUUUCAAUAAAUCUUCAACAAAGAGGGGAGGCUGUAAUUAGAUCACCGGGUUUCCCAUUUAGUUAUGGACAGGGGCUUAAUUGUACUUGGAAUAUUUAUGCUGGAGAUUCGAAUUUUGUAAAGCUGGAGAUAGUUUACAUACAUUUGGCAAAAUCGACUACAAAAAUAGCAUUGAAAGAGCUCGGAAUUUUCGAUAUAAAUCCUGGAAAAUGCAAAGAUAGUUUACAUAUAAUCGAACAUUCAAACACCAUUGAGAUUUCUGCUGAUACACAGAGUGACGUUCGAGACACCAAUGUGAUCUCUUCUGGGAACAAUAUAUCAGUAAGACUGACAACCUGCUUUCAAAUGUCUGCAGAACAGAAAGAAAAGAAUUUCGAAAUCAAAGUCACAAAAUCAGAUAAACCAGGCUGUGGAAUAUCUGAAGAAGGAUGUGCAGUCACCUGUAGACAGCAAUCAGCCUACAUAGCUACUAACAGAUAUCCCGCCCCUUAUAAAGCAGAUGAAACCUGCAUAUGGAAGAUAGAAGGGACGUUUGGGCAAUAUGUAGACCUCAGUCUUCUCCACUUAGAUGUUAUCAAUGGAGACGCAACCUGUUCAAACUCCUAUAUUGCUAUCUACGAUAUUGACCUCAAUGAGAGUGAGGUGUUACUUGGAAGAUUUUGUAAAGAAAACAGACCAUAUAGAAACAUCACAUCAAGAUGGCACCGUAUGAGAGUUGAAUUUCAUUCAGGAAAUGAGGAAAAACAAGGACAAGGAUUUUUAGGGUUGUAUGCAUUGAUAAAUUUUACUCAAAGUUAUUUGGAUACUGGAAGUGGAGAAUGUCCAGGCGCCUGGUAUUACAACAAUGGGAGUUGCUAUAGAAUAUUCUCUGGUGACGAAGGUAUCACGUGGCAGAAAGCAAAUCACAAAUGUAUUCAACAGAAUGGAAGCCUUGUCAGUAUUGCUUCAAAACAGGAACUUUCCUUCAUUCAUUUCCUUUUGACGAAUGCUAUGAACAUCACUCGCGACUGGGAGAUUUAUGUUGGUCUUAGAAAGAUCUACUCUGAAGAAACAGGCGAACUGAAGUACCUGUGGUCGGAUGGAAACCCUUUAACAUUUACUGCAUGGUUUCAUGGUGACAACUUCAAAGAUCGCCAACCUAAUGGGGUUCAUAAUGAGCUUUGUACCAGCAUCAAAUUCUCCAGUAUCCACUCUAUGAACGAUUGGCACGACACUGCCUGUGCUUACAAUAAAAUCCAAAGCUUCAUGUGUGAAAUAGAUAUUAGCAAACAAAAUGAGACCAUAAAUAGGAGGAAUUGGUGGGGAAAUAGUUCUGUUGAGUCACAGUCUGCAAGGUUGGGUAACAUUCUGUUCCAGUGUGAGAACACAGAAUUGAUCAGCAGACUGUUUGUAUGUGACGGAAUGGAGGACUGCAGUGACGGAACAGAUGAGGCAAACUGCUCUACAACGUGUACAGAAACACAGUUCCAAUGCAACAGUGGUGACUGUAUUUCUAUCAGUCUGUAUUGUGACUUUGUCAGCCAUUGUCCAGAUAACUCCGAUGAAGCCGGUUGUAUCAGAACACCAUGUACAGAAAAUGAAUGGAAAUGUUAUUGCGGUCAAUGUAUUCCAGCAAGCAAUCGGUGUGAUAUGAAAAUAGAUUGUGUUGAUGAAAGCGACGAGAAAUAUUGCGUGAAUUGUAACAAUGGAUUUGAAUGCUACGACCAAACCUGUCUACACCCCUCCAAAGUCUGUGAUGGUUUUAUUGACUGUAGUGGAUUUUUCGCAGAGGAUGAAUCUCAAAAUUGUAAAAACACUGUCCAGAGAUCGUGUAAAGACUGGUGGGGACUGGGCAGAAGCGAGAAUGGAGAAUACCUUGUUAGCAUGGGCUUAGAUCCGUCAAAAGUCGAAUGCCAGUUUAUGAAAACCAACGACCAUGUUAGUGUUCGAACAGUAAUUCAUCAUUCCAAGGAAGAAACAAUAUACACGAGCUUGUCUGAGGUGGACACCACACUGAAGUACACUGCAAAUCAAGCACAAAUAGCAAAACUUAAGGAAACGAACAGAUGUAGCCAGGAAGUAAGGGUACGCUGUCACUAUAUCUACAUCAACAUCGAUGUCAUGUUGGAGGGGCAAAACGGACAACGUCUUCACACGAGUUUUGGGGAUCCACAAGACAACUGUUCCUGCCCUUUUGUAAAUAAAUGUGAAGAGGGAAAAAUAAAAUGUAACUGUAACUCCACGCUGGGUGAAUGGUAUGGUGCUGAAACCACAGAAGUUAGAGAGGACGCUGGGAUUAUAACCAACCAUUCAGUUCUGCCUAUCAAGAAAGUAUUCAUCAACCGUCCAGGGGAAAAUAAGUUCAUUAAGUUAAAUGUUGGACCUCUUAUAUGUACAGAAGAGACAGAUAAUGUAAACAUAGACUUCCUCUGUCGAACAGGGAAGAUUGUGCCAAUCUCCCAACGAUGCAUUCUUGAUUAUGACGUAUACGGUGACAUCUUAGGGUGUCGAGAUUUAUCACAUCUAGACAACUGUGAGUCAAUACCAUGUCCUUCAGGUUAUAUGAAAUGUCCCGGAAGUUUCUGUAUUCCUCCACGGUUGAUCUGUGACGGCGAGAAGCACUGCGAAAAUGGUGUGGACGAAAUUCAAUGUGAGUCUUGUCCAGGGCUGUACCGAUGCAAAAGUAGCACAAUCUGCUUGAAUCCGAGUAAGCUAUGUGACAACAUUACCUUUUGUCCUCUUCGCGAUGACGAACUUCUGUGUCACAUCACGUGUCCAGAUAAAUGCCAUUGUGAUGGUCUCUCGGGCGUUUGUAGAGAUAUUCAAAAUAAAAGUACAACUGAACUUCCAAGUCAACUGAGAUAUUUAGACCUCAGUGAAAAUAAUUUCAGCAAUGGUUUACUUUCUCUGAAACAUUUAAAACAUCUAGUCAGAUUAUUCAUAGCAGAUUGUGGAUUGACAUCUAUUGAAUCAUAUACCUUUAUCAGUCAAAGAAAUUUGUUGAUACUUGAUCUUAGAAAUAAUAAAAUAACCCAAUUACACAGUAAUGCAUUCACAGGACUAGUUUCAUUGAAAGUAUUAAAGAUGGAAGGAAACGGUCGUUUGACUGAAAUAUCAGAUUUGGCAUUUCUUGGAUUGCGAAGUCUACCUACAUUUGCUUUAACAAAUUCCCGUUUGUGGAAUAUUCGACAAAAUACUCUAGUGGGGCUACAGAAUGUUAGACAGCUGAAUUUAUCUGCAAAUCGUAUUCGCUAUAUUUCGGACUUUGCGUUUCAAAACUUGUCUGAUGUAAGAGUUUUGGAUCUUCGAAGAAACCACGUAAAGCAAUUUUCCUCCCAAAUCUUUGAUGGCCUUUUUAAUCUCGAGAAAUUAUAUACAGAUUCGUAUGCAUUCUGUUGUUUGAAACCUCAGUCAGUCAAAGAAUGCUUACCAAAUGAAGAUGAAUUUUCUUCGUGUGAUGACCUCAUGAGAAAUGACAUCCUUUCGUCAUUCAUGUGGGUCAUUGGAUUUUGUUCUUUGUUCGGAAAUCUUGGAGUUUUCGUCUUUAAAGUAUGUUUUGACUCACAUACAUUAAAGAAAAGUCAUGGAAUUUUUAUCACGAAUUUAAGUGUAUCAGAUUUUUUAAUGGGCAUAUACUUGAUAAUUAUUGCAUCUGCUGACCAGUACUAUCGGGGAAGGUACAUCUGGAAUGAUAUACGUUGGAGAGAGAGUACAGCAUGCCAAAUAGCAGGCAUGCUUGCUACGAUCUCGAGUGAAACGUCAGUAUUUUUGCUGUGCCUUAUUACAGUGGAUCGUCUUAUAGCCAUCAAAUUCCCCUUCGGUCAAUUAAGGUUCACUAGAGCCAGAGCUCUUUUAUGUAUUGGAACUCUAUGGAGUGCAACCAUUUUGCUGUCUGCAAUCCCAUUGAUUCCCGGAGAUUACUUCCAAGGAAAGUUCUUUUCUCGAUCCGUCGUAUGUCUUGCUCUACCAUUAACUAGAGACAGACCUGCUGGAUGGGAGUACUCCACAGCAAUCUUCAUUAUACUUAAUUUCCUGCUCUUUCUGAUCAUUGCAUCGGGACAGUGUUUGAUAUAUAGAGAAAUAUCAAAUACAGCUUCGAAGGUGAAUUCCAACAGAAGGACCCAAGAAGUGGUCAUUGCUCGUGGAUUAUUCUUGAUAGUUUUGUCUGACUUCCUGUGUUGGUGUCCAAUUGGAAUUAUGGGACUGCUGGCACUACGUGGUUACGUGAUUUCGGGUGAAGUGUAUACCUGGGUUGCGGUGUUUAUUCUUCCGAUAAAUUCAGCUUUAAAUCCGUUUUUGUAUUCAUUUUCAAAUAUAAGGAAUAGGGUCGAGAUGGCGAUGUUGUCUAACAAGAGAAAAGUUUUUAGAACCCAUUCUGCGACAGAAACUUUUACAGAACUUUGUGAAAAUGAUUUGUUUAUAAUUGGUAAAAAUGCUCCCCUGCUUGUGACCUUGUCUGACUACAUGCGGAAUCAUACUCUCACGGUGCCGGAAAUGAAGCUCGUCGUUCUACGAUUGUCUGAAGCUAUGAAGUUUCUACACGAACGUGAUCUAGUUCAUGGGUGUUUGGAUACGAAUCUUGUGUCGAUUGAUAUUGAGGACGGGGAAAUUAAAGACCUGUCUGUGAAAAUAGCACCACGUGAAGCUGAAGCAGACGAGGAUAUACCAAAUGACAUCAAACAACUGGGAGAAAUAACUUUGAAAAUGCUGAAGAACCACCAAAGUGACUCAAAAGAUACUUGAAAUCGUUUCCUUACAUUUUUACCAAACUAAAAACGUGAAUAUUUUCAUUAGAACAAAUGGUAAUGAAUAGAAUUAACACUCGUUUUUUGGUAGAGGGUUACCAUUCGCUCAGCUAGGUUUUUCUUAUCAAAGUGUGCUACGACUCUUCCUCUUUGUAUUAUUCUUGCAUGUUGUCCAUUUAAUGAAUAAUCAUACAGUUCUCAACUGUCUUUUCUAAAUUAUAUUCUUGUUUUAUAUUUUUUUUUUUUGCUAAUGAUAACAAGAACUUUAAAAAUACGAAUACUACAUAAAAAAGGAAAUCUUAGGUGUGAGAAGCAUUCUUAAUUGUGUAAAAUUACAGGGCAUAAGAAUUAUAGAUAUAUUUUUAAAAAAUCCUUUUUUCUAUUAAUUGUUUUUCAAUCACGCAUUCUUUAUAUGACCAAUAAAAAAACCUAUAGUCCCCUCCGGUUUCACCGGGGGACUAAUUAACACACUUUAAAACAAACAAUAACUUUAAAUUGAGUCUUGUUAAUAAGCCAUAUAGUACAUGCAUUUAUUUCGGGUUUACAAGCACUUAACUUAUCAGGUUCAUGACAAGUACACCCCCCCCCACACAUAUGUAGUUUUAAUAAUAUGAACUUUUGUAAUUUUAAGGAGCGAAAUCAUGUAAGUAUCCCUUGAAAAGACUUGUUCCUUUUUAUAAAAAGUAUUUGCUUUGUUAUCUC